AAAAAAAUGUGUUAUUGAGAAGUAAAGCUGCUGUUAGCUUCUGAACUUCAGGUCAUCAUCUUUCAUAUUGAACGAAGCAAUCUAUUCAAGAAAAAACCCAAAAUGGUUUCGGAAAAAAAUCAAUAGAUGGCAUUAGGAUGUCAUACGAGGGAUCAUCAACAAAAACUAGUAAAAUGUUAGAUUCACUAAAUCUACAACUACGUGAAGCAGAAAAGAGGCGGGCAGAUGCAGAACGUGCCCACCAGGAAGCUGUUGAACAACUACACAAUGCUGCGUUAGGCUUGAGUGGAGGACGACCCUUAGAGAGUAUGGAAACUAUGAAAUCUCGCGCACGAGAGCUAGAAAAAAAGGUUGCUUUGGAGACUGUUCGAUGUGAAGAACUGCAAUUGGAAUUGUCAGCAGCACUUAAAUCAAAAUAUUCAUCAGAUCCAGUUAAUCGACAUCAGAAACCACAAAUCGGCAAUAGCGGAGCAAAUACAGCAACAAUCACAUGGGCACCAGCACACACUCAUUCUUCACAACAUCAUAAGCAUGACCUGCCAAAUCAUCAUCUCGAUCAUCAAAAAACUCUUUCAUCAUUACCGACAAAUUCAGACAAUAGUAAAUUAGGCCAUGGUAUCAUGAGUGGAACUGUAGGUGUUGCGAGUGAAAUAGACCGGAUAAUGGCAAAGAUUGAGCAGGACAACCGAAUCUUGGCAGAGCUGGAUUAUCCGCGCACCACCGGAUCAGGAGCAACAACAACAUCGGUUAUAGGUCCUAGCGUUUACUCAAUAACGAAUGCGGUUGUUACAAGUCCAAGUAGUCAUGUUUUAAACAAUAUGGACUGUACACUGGGAAUCACAGGAAAUAUGGCACCGGCAAGUAAUGUCGCUGAUAUCGCCAGCUCAACACUCGGCCAUGUCUCAUGGGCUGGGCCACGUUUGACGACAACAAAUGCACAACAACAAAUCAACAACAUGAUGCCAUCUAUAUCUCAG